CUGGAACAGUAUCCGCGCAGUCCCAGAUAUGGAGGGAACAUGGACGGAUAACGGAGCCCAGACAACUUUAACCCGAGGGACAGAGACGACUCUUGCGACAGAUGGGAAUCGGACAGGGACUGUCGUGAUGGAUAUCGUGGCGGUUACGAGAGGACAGAGCGAGGUGGAGGUCGCCGAGAAGACCCACAAGGGCAGUAUGAUCGAGGAGGAUAUCCUGCAUGACCUCGGCGAUGUGUCGAUGUUCCCUUCGAUGAAGGAGAACGUUGAAGUCAGGCGUGUACGACCAAGUAAGGGUAAAGAAGUGGCAAGGAUACAGAGUAUGCGAAUGAGUUUGCCUUCUGAUGACGGGGCGUCUGCGACACCUAUACAGGUCGCGGCGACUAAGUCCGCAAGGGGGUCUUCCUCUAAGAAGACUGGCAUGGAUUAUGCGAUGGCGGAGAAGGAUGGACAGAGGAUAGAAGGAGCAGAAGUCAUACUUUUGCGCAAGCGCGGAGCCCGAAAGUUUACCAUGAAGAGCUCCUUAGAUGAUAUCGAUACAGUGGAGCCUCUCAAACGAACGCUCAGGCAACCGAUGCAGUGCACGAUACUUGAGUACUUGGCGGCUUCGAGACCCGCGGGAGAUGAGCUACAGAUAAUCACGUGCAAGACACGCAUUCCUUUGGGAGACGAAGUCCAGAUGACUUCCAAACCAGAGGUACCCCCUGUGGCAAUAUCGGGGGUGUGCGCAAAGGCAGAACGCGCAGCGACAUUGUAUUUGGAUGAAAUGGAAGGCGUGCCUCCUGACAAGUUUUACAUUUUAGGGAGUGAGACAGUGGAGACCAGUCUCAAUGACGAGAUAGUCCUCCAUUGGGUGAUUGACAAUGGCAGCGAAGCUGUCAUUAUAGACGAGGAAAUCGUUGUGCGAUUAGGGUUGGACCUCGACAAGUCUUACCUGUUUGAGAUAGAAACAGCCGAUGGAAGAAAGCAGAAGAUCUCCGGAGUCUUUCAUAAGGCGGCCAUUGAGGUCGAAGGGUUGCGCGUGCUGAUGCUUGUUUUCGCAGUCAGGGACUGCAGUUCGGAGUUACUAUUAGGGCGGACGUGGUUGAGCCAUGUUCAUGUGGUGACUAUAGAGCGAUCGAACGGGAGCCAGAUGCUUUCUAUUAAGCGUCCGGAUGGUGGACGGAUUAUGAUUGAGACAGUCGAGCCUCGUGAUCCGAGGAACAGAGCCGCCCUAGCAGCUGGUGGCGGCCGCAAGCGGGUCACACUCACGAGUCGCUCGUUGCGAUUCUGCGAAAAGAAGUAUAGGGCAUUGCUCACAGAAGAAAAAAGACGCAUAUUGGAAGUCGAGGAUUUAGGUAAUCACGUCCUGGUGGGAGAAAACUCCUACCCUAAGGGUGAAGACGAGGAAUUUGGAGUUAAGCCGGCGGCGGUAGCCCGAAAGCGAUCCGCACUAGAUGGGAUAUCUGAGGAGGAGAUCGCCAGGAAGGUUAAGGAAAGGAAGAGGGAGGAGCCGCAACGGCUGACAGAAGAAAGGAUAACGGAAAUGGACAUAGGAGAUGAAAAUUUGACGGAACAAGAGAAGGGGCGCGUGUUGGAAGUUCUUAAAACUUAUAAUAAGGUCAUAGCUUUCAGCGACGCGGAAAGAGGGAAGAUCGAUCCUAGGUAUGCUAAACCUGUCAGGAUCUACACGAUUCCGCAUACUCCAUGGAAUGAUGCAGGGUGGAAGUUCGCACAAAAAGAGAAGGAAGAAGUGAUCGUCUUUCCAAAGGAGAAGAUGGCGUCACAUGUAGCGGAACCGUCUGAUAGCGCCUACGCGAAUAGGUGGUUCUUCUUACGGAAGCCGAAUGGGAAGAUUUUGUGGAUUCAGGAGUUGCAUAAGGUCAAUGUUGUUACCAUCCACGAUGUGGGGUCCAUACCGCACACCGAUCUAUUAGUGGAAGGAGUGGUGAGCAGAUCUAUCUACUCUGUCUGCGAUCUAUUUUCGGGUUAUGAUGAGAUACCCCUAGAUCCUAGAGAUAGGCAUCUCACUGCUAUGCAUACGCCACUCAGGUUAGUGCAGAUGAUGGUUGUGCCCAUGGGAUGGACCAAUGGGGUAGCGGUCUUCCAGAGAGCUAUGGUAGCUAUUCUAAAAGACUUCAUUCCUGAUAAAGUUGAAGUGUUUUUGGACGACUUUUCGAUAAAAGGAUCCGUACUGAAAGAUGAGACGUAGGUUGCCCCUGGUGUCAGGAGAUCGUAGAGCAGCACCUGA